AUGCAGAGGAGAGUACCGAGUGUUACUAGUCAUUUGACUUUUGUUACCGUUACAAGGAAGACUUCGCUUGUAAGCAACGUCAGACUUUUCGUUGCAAGCCUUGAAACCGUCUUUCAUUUCCCCCCUCCCUUACUCGUCGUUUUCUUUACAGGAAUAUUUAUCAAUGUUGCUUAUACUUUGGAAGCAAAUAAAUCUGAAAAUUUAGCUUUGAAAGAUAUAGUGUUUGUGAUUCUCACUCAACAAAAUACGUAUCAUCGAGAACGAGCUAAAGUUUUCAAAAAAGAUUUUUAUGCUCAACUUAAAAAUAUUUCUAAGGAUGAAAAACCUAAAUUAUUUUUCACUCACAAAAAAUGGCCCGUACGAGGAUAUUGGACAAUAUUUCCCCUGCUUUCUGAGUUUGCUGAGAACUUUUCCGACAAAUCAUGGGUCUUCAUAUGUGAAGAAGAAGCUCGGAUAAAAUUAUGGCAGCUUGUGGAAGUUUUGAAAAAAUAUGAUUCCUCAAAGGUAAUUGACACUCUCUCUCCCCCGUUCGCUCACUCUCUCUCUCUCUCCCCCCCUCUUCUCUCUCUCUCUCUCUCCCCCGUUCGCACACUCUCUCUCUCCCCCGUUCGCUCUCUCUCUCUCUCCCCGUUCACUCUCUCUCUCUCUCCCCGUUUGCUCUCUCUCUCUCCUCCCCGUUCGCUCACCUCUCUCUCUCUCUCCCGUUCGCUUCUCUCUCUCUCCCGUUCUCUCUCUCUCCCCCCGUUCGCUCCACCUCUCUCUCUCUCCCUCUCCCCUCUCUCUCUCUCUCCCUCUCGCUCUCUCUCUCUCCCCGUUCGCUCACACUCUCUCUCCCCCGCUUCGCUCCUCUCCUCUCCCCCUCUCUCUCUCUCUCUCCCCCGUUCGCUCCUCUCUCUCUCCCCGUUCGCCUCUCUCUCUCCCCGUUCGCUCUCUCUCUCCCCUCUCUCUCUCUCUCCUCCCCCAUUCCUCACACUCUCUCUCUCUCUCUCUCCCCCCCAUUCGCUCACUCUCUCUCUCUCUCUCUCUCCCCCAUUCGCUCCACUCUCUCUCUCUCUCUCUCCCCCGUUCGCUCCACUCUCUCGCUCACUUGAUCUCUGUAAUGCCCUGACAGACGAAACGGCUGUGAUCAUUCACCAUUUUGCCUUUGCUGAAAACCCUGGCGAGUUUUCCUUUCCAAAUUUUGCACUUGGUUUUGUAAUGAGCUUACCAUUAAUUAAAAGUUUACAUGACCGCUGGCCACCUGAUAACAUGCGGACAGAUUUUUCUAUUGAUCCAAAACAUGAGCUUGCCAUGUAUAUAUGGAACGACGGGAAUGGUACCUCCCUUCAAGAUGUUCCUGAGAUUUGCAAGGAAGACAAUUGUAUCACAAGGUUAUCAGCAAAGUUCCCUGAAUGUGGCCGUGCAAUAUCACCUGACGAUUUGUUUGUAGCUGUAAAAACCUGUAAGAAAUUCCGUGAAGAAAGAAUUCCUGUGGUCAAAAAUACUUGGGCUCGGGAGGCAAAGCAUAUUGAAUAUUACAGUGACGUUGAAGAUCCAACCAUUCCUUCCAUCAGUUUGGGAAUACCAAACACAGAACGAGUCAUUACCAUUCCCAAAUAUUCCACAAGUUGUUUAUUCUAUUCAACGACCACUCUCUCUCUCCUUUCUCUCUCUCUCUCUCCUUUCUCUCUCUCUCUCUCCUUUCUCUCUCUCUCUCUCCUUUCUCUCUCUCUCUCUCCUUUCUCUCUCUCUCUCUCCUUUCUCUCUCUCCUUCCUCACUCUCCUUCUCUCUCCUUCCUUCCUCUCCUUCUCUCUCUCCCUCUCUCUCCUUCCUUCCUCUCUCUCUCUCUCCUUCCUUCCUUCUCUCUCUCUCUCCUUCCUUCCUUACUCUCUCUCUCUCCUUCCUUCCUUACUCUCUCUCUCUCUCUCUCCUUCCUCUCUCUCUCUCUCUAA